AUGGUUGUUGCCAAUCAUAUCGUAAACAGUAUUGCUAUAUAUAUUGGAUAUAACAACGGUACGUUUUCAAGUUCAAUCGAGUAUUCAACUGGUACUGGGUCCACUCCGUUCAUGGUUGCUGUUGGACAUUUCAACAAUGAUGGUCAAUUAGAUAUCGCAGUUGCUAAUUUUGGAAGUAAUAACGUCGGUAUAUUUCUUGGAUUUGGAAAUAGUUCUUUCGCCAGCCAAAAAGAGAUUUCAAUUGGCUCUUCUCGUCCGAUUUCGCUUGGCGUAGCUGACUUCAACAAUGACACAUUACUUGAUAUUGUCACCGCUAAUUAUGGAACACAUAGUAUAAGUAUACUCCAUGGGUAUGGGAAUGGAAAUUUUUCGGCUCCAACUACAUAUUCGACAGGCUAUGACUCUUUUCCAUCGUCAUUGAUCGUUGGAAAUUUUAAUAAUGACAAUUAUUUAGACCUCGCCAUUGCCAACUAUGGCACGAACAAUGUUGGUAUACUUCUUGGAAAUGAUAACGGCACUUUUUCAAGCCAAAUAACAUUUUCAACUAGCUUUGGUUCUCAUCCAUACUCAAUCGCUGCUGGCUAUUUCAAUAACGACGCCUUUCUCGAUAUCGCUGUUGCUCAUUAUGGAAUUAAUAAAAUAGGAGUGUUUCUAAGCAAUGGCAACGCAACUUUUGCAAGUCAAGCUAUCUAUUCCAUCGAUUCUGCUUCUCCAUACUCGAUUGGAGUUGGCGACUUCAAUCAGGACAAUCAGCUGGAUUUAGUUGUCACUAACAACGGUAUUAACAAUGUAGCCGUGCUUCUCGGUAAUGCAGAUGGGACUUUUGAAAAUUCAAUAAUGUAUUCCACUGGAGCUUCUUCUUCGAUAUCAUUCGCCAUUGAAGAUUUCAGCAAAGACAAUCGGCUAGAUAUUAUCGUUGUUAGUAAUGACACUGGUGCCAUAGAUAUCCUUCUGGGUUAUU